AUGGGCCUCAUGGUGCCGUACCGCAGGCAUCUUUGUGUCGGCGGUCGUGUGUUGGGUUCCAUAGCGGUCAUUGGCGUCAUGCUGUGGGCUCUAGCAGAAGACAUAGACUCCGCAAUCAAUGCGUCUAUCCUCCGCUUCCAGGGAAACUUUGUGCUACUCGCUGAGAGUUGUGAGGAGACUCAUGCUCUGAAUGACAGGUUUUUGAUCAGUGCUUACCAAAAGCACCUGGAAUGCAAGGAGUCGCAGGCAGCGUUCGCAACAGGAAGCGCGAAAGGAACAAAGUUUUUUGUCCCUGCUCAGCUGAAUGAGCAGCUCAGCAAAGCGGUGGGCCAUUUUGCGGACAUUGCUGUCAUUGGCGCAGCCCUGAACAGAACCCUUGUCCUUCCUCGGGUAGGGCAGGGGGAGAUCAGCAUUGACUUGGCGCUGCCAUUUGGCAGCUACUUCGAACUAAUGUCAUUACGGGAGCUGGUAUGGAUCACAAGUGAGCAGCUUGUAGCUAGGCAGUCAGCUGGGCCAGAAAAGUUGACGGGUGCGUAUGUUUUCCUGACACACGGCAGGUAUGCCUGCUCGUCCAUGUUGAGGUUGUUGCGGGUCUCUGUUCUUGCGGAAGCAGAGAGAAUGGCAGAGACUUCAGACUACACCUGCUAUAACGGCACUGAUCUUCUGACUUCUGGGGACGAUGUUCUAGUGAGAGGCAAGGCUGUGGAAGCUGCUCUUAGUGAGGCUUUGAAACAAGUGAAUGUCGUGUUCCUGGUCAAGGAAGAGAUGUAUUACUGGGCAAGUUCAUUGACAGAGAAAGUAGCCGCUAUUGAGUCAAAAUUAUAUAACCACCACCCGCUGUUCUUUGAGGAUCUCACGACAAGAUUCAUCGAGAAACAUCUGGGAUUCAACUACUUAGCACUGCAAUGGAGGACAGAGAAGUGCUUCCGGCAACCCCACUGCGAUGGGGCUUUCUUUGGCUUUGACAGGGAUUGCAAUGGAUAUGACUCCGGCUUCCGCUCGAGAAGCAGCUUUCCAGCGGACUCCGCGAGUCCCUGCAAGGCCCUGGUCUUCGUGAAGCUGCGCGGAAAUCUCUUGUUUUGGGGCGUCCGAAAGAUGUACGUCCUGCCAAAGGGUGUAGCGGGAAACAUGCGCGACGAUGAAUCCGACCCCGAGGAUGACUUGGACUUUGUGUAUCCUGAGAAGUCCGAAUUCGUGACGGAACACAGAGCGUCUUUGAAGGAGCUGAUGCGAAUCAAGGGGGGCAGCCAGUAA